AUGAAACAAAUAUAGCAAUUUUAGCUUAAAAAGAGUAUUUGUAUAAANGGAAUUCUAUAAAUAAUAAAAAACAGUAUUGAUUUAGGAUAUAAUAAUCUGUAAGAAAAUUACAGGAUUUUUUCAAUAUUACCAAACAUGUUUGUUGCCUUAAUUUUACAAUAAAGAUAAGAUAAUAAGAUUUAUAAAUUCAAAGAUAAUGAAAGUUUUGAAUCUAAUUUAUUAAAUUUAAAAAAAUCUAUUGAAAAUAAUUUAUGGGUCAAUACCUAUUUACAACCUACUUAAGAAUAAUCAGAAAAUAUAAUCAGCCAGAAGUGGUUUCAUUAAGUAAUUAAAUAUGAUAUUCAAUUUUAACGAAAUUGGAUUCUUUAAUUUUUGAUUUGGACAUUUUAAUAUUGUGAUGAUGAAUUAUUAAAAAUGAAAAUUUAUUUAGAAGGUCUUUAAAUUUAAAAAUUUUUAGUCUCUUAAAAUUGAAUCUUGAAAUAUUAGAUUUCUUAUUUGGUAAAUAAUAAGGAAAUUAAUAAAAAUUUAAUUCUCCAAGCUCUAGAAAACUUGAUUAAAAUGACGAUAAUGAAAUUCAAAACAUUAAUUAAGAAGAUUAAAUCAUAACGUAAAAAACUUUAGCAUAGAAAACAAUAUUUAAUGUUUUUAAGGAACCAGAUGGCAAUAGUUUUAGUGCUUUAUUGUUUUGUUGUUUACUUUCAUUAGAAAAAAGAAAUAAAUUAAAUGAGGAUUUGCUUGAAAUUUUAAUUUAGAAUUUUCAUGCUCCUAAAAAUUCAAUAAAUGAAAUUAAAGAAGUUGAAAUUAUUGAUGAUUCAACGGAAUUAGAAUAUUUUUCAAUAAUUAAUGGAAAUUCAAAUACAGAUUAGAUAAUUAGCCCUAAAGAAGCAUAAAUUUAAACUAAAAGAGCAAUUAAAUUAAUUCAAAAUACUAAUGGAAAAGAAGAAAAAAUAAAACAUAUAAAAUCAUUUGAUUUAUUAAAAAACUAUUAAGAAUAAAUAAUUAAAUAAUUUGAAUAAUUCUUUUAACCAAAUUCUUAAAAAGUUUAAUACUUAAAAUCAUUUUAAAAUAUUGUUAGAAAUGCAGGAGUUCAUUUGGUAUUUCUAUAAUUUUUAGUAAAACCCUAAAGUGUGUGUAGUUCUCUUGAUAUUGUUUAAUUUUAUAAGAGAUUGAUUUUAUUUUUUGAAUACUUCACAAAGGAUAAUGAAACAAAUAUAGCAAUUUUAGCUUAAAAAGAGUAUUUGUAUAAAUUGCUUGAUAUCAUUUAAAUUGAUCAACAAGAAGUUGAGGAUUGGUAUUACAUCCCAAUAAAAGUUACUAAAUUUGUAGUAUAAUUAAUAUCCACAAUUCCAAUAUGUGAACAUGAUAAUUUUAUUAUGAAUGUCUUUAGAAGAAUAAAAAAAUUAGGAGAUGAAUUAAUGAAGAGUUAAGAGUUUUUUGUGAAAGCAUAUAUUUUAAAAGAUUAGACCAUUGAAAGGAAGAUCAUUCCUAGAUAGUAACAAUAGGAUGCAGUAGCUUAUUUUAGUUUAAUCCAAUAUUUAAGAAUAUUAAGAUGUUUAACCAAGACAUUUAAAAUUCCAGCUUAACAGUCUUAUGUCAAUAAGCAUUUGAUUUUAAAUUCCAUUUUAAAAACUUAAUUUUUGAGAAUGUUAUUAGAACCAAUAAAUAAUUAUAGCAAAAUAUUAGUUCCUGAAUCAACAUUAGAAUAAUAAAAUGAUAAUUUACAUUAUCAUAGAAUUAAGUUACAUGCUUAGUUGAUAAUUCUAAUCACAUAGUGUUGUUAAUAAUACAGAUUAGGAAUCUAAGAAAUGUAAAGAAUAUUAUUAUAUGAAUAAUUAAAAUCAAUUCUUUUACAUUCAGAUACUGAAUACAUUGUUAAGAGAGCCUACUUAUAAUGUAUAUUUGAAUUAUAUAUUAAUAAAGUAAAAGAGAGAGAUUUCAGUAAUGAUACUGUUGAAAAUGAUGAAGUAAGAGACAUUUUAUCAAGAAUAAUAAUACCUGAAUUAGAUUAGAAACAAAUAUUUAAAUUUUUAGAAGGGUUGGCUAAACUAAUAAAUUUAGAUUAGAAUAAAAAGGUAACUCAAAGGGAUUUGAGAGAGUAGAUAUAAAGAUAAAAAAGAAGUUAUUUUGAAAAUAGAUUGUCUAUAGAUACAGGACCCGAUAAAGAAUUAGGAAUACUUAGAGAUUGUAGUGAAUUUUGGACAUAUUUAAGGAAAGAUGGAAUUAUUCACUUUUUAGUAUACACUUAUGAUGAAAUGAAGGAUAGAACUGAUAUUGAAAAUCAAGAGAAUUCUGGUUUAUCAGAUGAAUUUGCAAUUAUAAAAUAAAAUGUUUAAAAAAUUAAAGAAAUAUUUAAUGUUUUGGAAAGAGACUUUAGAGUAAAAAAAGAAGACUUAGAUUUAGAUGAUUAUAGAGAAUUGAUUAUUUCAAUAGAAGAAAUAAUACCUAAAAGGAAAAUUACAAAAUUUGGUAAAAAUUUCAGAAUAGGUUUUUUAUAAGGCAAAAAUACUGAUUAAUUAUUAUUUGAUAAAUAUGAUACUUUAUAGGCAGAUUAGAUUGGAGAAAAAAAACUACAAGAAUAAGAUAAUGUAUAGAGGAUUGAAAAUUCAUUUAAGAGAAACUUUAAAAUAUAUUUGAUAAGAUAUAAAGUAAAUAUUAAAUAAUUUUGUUCUUUUAUUGAAAAAGAUGCCUCAAAAUUAACUGAUUAAGAAAAAUUAAGAAAGAUUAUCAAGACUUGCAACAUUAAUAAAUAGUAUAUUUAAUUAGAAGAUAUUGAAAAAAUAUAUUAAUAAGAUGUUGCUCGUAUAAAAAAUUAAGAAUCGGUGUAAAAUAGAAACAAAACAUUUGUGGAUUGGGAAUGA